UGACACAUAUAUGAUAUCAUCGCGGCGCUUAAACCCUGAAAAACCUAACUACACUUAUUUUGUUUUCACCUCCCUCUCACGUAUGCUUUCUCUAUCUCCACCGCAGCUAACGUUGCACACGGUUACGUAGCCGUCGAGAUCAUAACGUUUCGAUUUUCAUCGGCCUUUGCGCAUAGCUGUGGAAAUGCGUCAAGCUUACCGGAAUAGUUCAAUCGACUGGAAGCCUUCACCGGUAGUAGCCCUAGCCUCCAGCGCUGACGACUCUCAGGUUGCGGCAGCUCGCGAAGACGGCUCGCUCGAGAUUUGGCGCAUAUCUCCAGGCACCGUUAGUUGGCACUGUCAGCUGACAAUUCAUGGGGACUCUAAGUCGCGAGUUUCAUCGCUUGUUUGGUGUAGAGCUGGUAAAAAGGGAUUGCCUUGUGGACGGCUGUUUUCUUCAAGUAUAGAUGGGUCGGUUUCAGAAUGGAAUCUUUUUGACUUGAAACAGAAGCUUGUGCUAGAGUCAAUUGGGUUCUCAAUCUGGCAGAUGGCUGUUGCCCCCUCUAAUAAUCAGCUUAUUCAUGCAGAGGCAAACUCCCAGCAUGUUGGAAAUGGAUAUUUAAAUGACAAAUCUAAUUAUAGUGAUGAUUAUGAAACUAGUGGAAGUGAUCAUGAUUCUGACUUUGAUGGGCUUCAUGAAGAAUCAGUAAUUAAUGAGGAUAGACAUGUAGCAGUUGCUUGUGAUGAUGGUUGUGUGAGGAUAUAUAGGAUCUCUGAUUCAGAUGAAUUGACAUAUCAUAAAUCGUUGCCUAGGGUCAGUGGGCGUGUUCUAAGCGUGACAUGGAGUGCUGAUGCUAAUAUGCUGUACUCUGGAAGCAGUGACGGGUUUAUUAGGUGCUGGAAUGCAAAAUUGGGUAUUGAGAUCUACAGAAUUACAGUUGGGGUUGGAGGUUUGGGUAGUGGACCUGAUCUUUGCAUUUGGUCGUUGCUUUUCUUGAGGCAUGGGACUCUUGUUAGUGCAGAUAGUGCUGGCAGUGUUCAGUUUUGGGACAGUGAACAUGGAACUCUUUUGCAGGCACAUUCCUUUCACAAAGGUGAUGUGAAUGCUCUGGCAGCUGCUCCUAGUAAUAAGAGUGUGUUCUCUGCUGGUUCUGAUGGUCAGGUUAUUCUUUAUAAGUUUUCAAGUGAGGUAAUAGGUGACGAGUCUUCAUCAGAACUGAUGCAAAAAUGGGUGUACGUUGGUCAUGUAAGAGCUCAUACACAUGAUGUCAGGGCCUUGACAAUGGUAGUGCCUAAUAGCAAAGAAGAUCAUCUUCCAGAUGAAAAGAUAAAAAGAAGCCGCAGUAAGGAGAAGCCCAUUGAUUUUAGUUACCAUAAAUGGGCUCAGUCAGGAGUUCCCAUGCUUAUCUCAGCUGGUGAUGACACUAAGCUCUUCGCCUACCCUGCAAAGGAGUUUACCAAGUACUCUCCGCAUGAUAUCUGCCCUGCACCUCAAAGAGUACCCAUUCAACUGGUGCAUAAUACAAUAUUUGAUGACACUUCUUUGCUCCUAGUCCAGUCUUCUUAUUGGAUUGAUAUUCUAUCAGUUCGUCUAAGGAGCAAUAAGAAUUCUGGCACAUCUGGUGGCCAUGCAACAACAGAUUUAUUGGCCCGGGUUAAGAGUAAGGCAUCCCAGAAGAUUAUAUGCAGCACCAUUUCUAAUUCAGGGUUCCUUUUUGCAUAUUCUGAUCAUGUUAAACCGAACCUUUUUGAAUUGAAGAGGCCAGAAGUUGGCAAAAGUGCGUGGUCUAUCAAGAAAAGGCAACUUCCCCAUAAACUACCAUUUGCACAUUCCAUGGUUUUUACUUCUGAUUGUUCGCAGUUGAUACUUGCAGGGCAUGAUAGAAAGAUAUACGUUGUCAAUGUGGGAAGUUCAGAGCUAGUGCACACUUUCACACCUUGCCGUGAGAAGAAUGAUGAUAAAUUACCACCAAAAGAGCCUCCUAUAACAAAGAUGUUUUCUAGUUAUGAUGGCCGAUGGCUAGCUGCUGUAAACUGUUUUGGCGAUGUGUAUAUAUUUAAUCUCAUGAUACAAAGGCAACACUGGUACAUCUCAAGAUUGGAUGGCGCUUCUGUUGCUGCAGGUGGUUUUUCUCCUCGGAAUGACAAUUUGCUUAUAAUUGUAACCUCUUCAAACCAAGUUUAUUCAUUUGAUGUGGAGUUUAAGCAAUUGGGAGAAUGGUCAAUGCGACGUACAUUUGUCCUGCCUAAGAGAUACCGAGAAUGCCCUGGGGAGGUUAUUGGGCUCUCAUUUUCACCCUCACCAAGUUCAUCCUCUUUUAUCAUUUAUAGUGCCAGGGCAAUGUGCUUGAUCGACUUUGGGAUGCCAGAAAAUCAAGACGAGGACAGUAACCCGGUAAAUGAUCGGGGGUCUGCUCUGAGAAAGUUGGCUAAUACUCCCAUUAGUGGGAGACUGAAACGGAAGUUGAGAGAUUGUCAAACCGAGGCUAAACUCAACGGUAGAAAGAAUUUUGAAUUUUUUGCUUUCAGAGAUCCUGUUUUCUUUAUAGAUCACCUUUCGAAAAGUUCCAUAUUGAUCCUAGACAAACCCUGGAUGGAAGUAGUUAAAACUUUUGAUGCCCCUAUUCACAGACAUAUUUUUGGGACAUAAUUGUUUUCAGUUAGGGAGAGUUCAAUUGCACAAACUUGCAAUUGAUCACUAAUGUGUUGACGGCACGUAUAACUUCCACAGAUGUUAGAGGGGUAGAGAGGAAAACAGAUAUAAAGAACAAAAAGAGAAUGUGAGGGUGGCUGGGCGGGGUUUUCUGCAGCAUAUGGUGUAUUGUAUUCCUAAAGAAAAAAAAUUGUUUUGUUAACCUGUGAAAGUAGCAUUUUUGUGUUCUUUUAUAUUUUUUCAAAUCGUAGUUUCGUGAAUUGAUUAACUGGGCAGUAAAAUUAAUUAUUUUUUUACAAGUUUUCAGUUAAUGUUCAAUAGUUUCAUACGAAGAGAGUUGUACUGCGUCUUUUUGUAUUCUUGAAAUUCGAGUAAAAUAGCUGGUACGACUAUUUGCUGGUCA